AAAAAGAAAUCAAGAGGGGCGAGGCUUGGAAAGAGGGUGUGUCAAACUCUAUUCAAAUACAUCUGUGUCUGUACUCUCUUCUCAAAUCCCUCUCUUCCAACCCCUCUACCUACACAAGUUCUCAUACAAAUUUGCCACCAUGUCCCAGCUCAUGCAGGCAAUGGAUCUCCUCAAGGCUGUCUUUGAUAAGUACGCUGGAAAAGAAGGAGCCAAAGAUACUUUGACCAAAAAAGAACUUGCCGAACUGCUCCGCAUAGAGUUUUCUGGGUCAGGAUCCCAAAGCAAAGCUGAAAUGGACAAAUUCUUCGGCAUGCUGGAUAACGAUGGUGAUGGUGUUGUUUCCUUCGAGGAAUAUGUCAGUUUUGUAGCAGCCCUCACUGUGAUAAGCACUGAGAAAUGAGUAUUGGCCACGUUGCCUCAGAACUUAGGUGCCUUAUUAAAUUUGUCCAAAAUUUAAAAAGAAUCAAACUUAUUACAGUCAUAUCUAUAAAAUAUGUACAUGUCAUUGUCACAUGUCCAAAAAAAGAAAACUUUGUCGAACACAGAUAAAUCAAAGAUGGCUUAUUAUUUUGGCUAAAGGGACUUGAAAGAUGGUACUUGUAAGUGUGUUUUCACUGAUGUUAAUUGCAUAACUGGUGACUAAUAAAGAAACAAAAAU